CUUUAUUCAUAUGUACUAGUAAUUGAAGUUCUUGCUACAGAAGAGUACUCAGAAGCCGUGUAGUAGUUGAUUUGUUAGUUACAAAGGGAUGUACAAAUCAACAUUAAUUUGCAGUGCAGCGACAGCUACCACAAUAUACAGAUUUUCCAAUCAAUUGUCAUAUCUGCCAUGAAAAGUCACGAUGCAGUUGGGGAUACAGUCUGGAUAAUAGCAGGUUAUAUAUAGUGUUUAAGCAUAAAAUAAUUUCCUUCCGAGGUGAUGUCGAAACUGCGCCUAGGAUCAAGCAAGAGCGGAAAAGUGCAUGAAAAGCCAGGGAACAGGGCCGAUCCGUGGAGUGGCGUCCUGUCUGGUCAAAGCAGUGGAGAUCUACCGCCUCUCCCUAUCAAUAAUGUCAGGAUAUAUUUAGCUGCCACAGGAUUCAGCGAGGAAAAACAAAAAAUCUGGGAGGACACACUGCCGGAAGUCCAAGACCAUUUCCUGCAACAAGGAGUGAAUAUAAUCCUUAUUGAUCCCAAUUGUGACCCAACCAAUGACCAUACUGUCGAUGCAAUCGCUCUUGAAAGACACGUGGCGGAGCUUCGAGUGCCAGAGACAGUAAACACCACUGCUACUGUAGUUUUGGGACUGGUGGGAAACAAAUAUGGUCAAGUUCCGUUGCCAACAAAUCUAGAAGAGGACGAAUUAGCGCAGAUUAAACGAGUAACAUUAGAUGCUGGAAAAGAUGUCGCUUUAUUAGAGGAGUGGUACACAAGAGAUGAUAAUUCUCAGUCUUCUGUAUUCAGACUUCGCCCAAUUGAGUCCAAAUUUAACUUGUACACCUCAAGAGGGGCACCCGAAACUGAUUCUGCAGCUACGUUGAAUAACACCUGGAUAGGUAUUUACACAAUGUUGAGCGAAACAAUACAAUCUGCAGUGGCGAUUCUAUGCAAAGAAACCAAGAAAGAUAAACAUGCAUCAAAAGUUUGGGCACAGGACAAGUUUUAUAAAUCAGCCUUGGAUGUUGAAAUAUGCACUGCAAUACAAAAUCACGACGAACAGACACUUCUAAUAAGAAGAAAAUGCGAAGAUAUAGACAGAAGUGAUGAAUCAGCUUCAGAUUACAUAGAUAUCCCAGAUCCAAGUGUUAAGAAGCCUGCAUCGGAUAAUACAGUAAAAACCAAAAUGGAUGCCUUCAUGCAAACUGUCAAUGCGCAUGCAACACAAAGUCAUAUCGAAAUCUUCAAACUUCAUUGGGGAAAUAAUGGUUUUAAUCCUGAAGAAUUUAAUGUAUACUUAGAGGAGUUUAAUGCACUAGUUGCCACAAAAUUGAAAACACUGAUACAGCACAUGCUUGACCAUAGAAAAGAGGAGAUUAAUCGGGGACCCCAUACUCUGGAUCACAAUGAGGCACUCUUACACUUAACCCACAGACAAGCUAUAAUAGAUAAGUCAUUUUCCUCAGAUAGAACAAUUCAAGAUAUUAAGGAGUUGAUACUGGCAGACGAUACGUCAACACAUAAACCAAUCAUACUUUGUGGUCCGCCUGGCAGUGGCAAAUCCACAAUUGCUGCAACCAUUCCGCAUACUGAGAUAUUCGGAAAGGAAACCUUCCAAGUCAUUCGUUUCAUAUCAUUAGAUCAGAAUCUAUCGUCAACACAUGGGCUUCUCUACAGUGUCUGCUCGCAACUGAAUGCUAUGUUCAAUAAAAAUCCAAAUAACUCUUUAUCCAAUGACAUCGAUACGUUGGUGGAGCAAUUCAGAGAGAUAUUAGUCUCUAUAUCCAACAGCCAUAGACAUUUGCUACUCAUAAUUGAUGGGAUUGAAUCUGUUAAACCACCAAGCAUUGACUCAAAGCUAGAGUUUGACUGGAAAAUGGAAAACCUUCCACCUCGAACUCACAUUAUCGAAACAUUCAAUAUUACAAAACAUACCAAAAAUGAUUUAGAAAACAUUAAAAGCUCCAGUGAAAGCGUCCCAAACAUUUUGCAUACCACACCAAUCACUUCAAUGCAAUGUUUAGCAAAGACUAAAGCUCUUUUAUCAAAUGUCAAUCGAACAAUCACAAGAGACCAAGAGAACGCAUUGAAGACCUCGUUUUCGGAAGGCUCCAUGCCAAUACUACCAGUGAUAGUUUUUGAUGUUGCAAAAACCCUACAUUCCAGCACAGCAACAAUUGAUAUUGGUAGAGGAAUGGAUGAUGUUUUGAAUAAACGGUUUGAAGCAUUGGAAAAACGUUACACUGUUGAAAUCAUUGCUCCACUAUGCAGAUACAUUGCAUGCUCCAAUAUGGGUGUCACUGAGCUAGAGAUCAUUGAUAUCAUGUCCUGCACAAAUGAGUCAAUACUUGCCUUUCAUGGUCCCAAGCUUCCUGUAGUACUAAGGUUUCCAUACUCAACCUGGUCAGAUAUUCGCCACGACCUGGGAAUCAUGCUUGAACAGCGAGAAACGGCUGGGAGUACAUUGUUUUCCUGGAGGAACCAAACAAUAAAGUCGGUUGUCAAGGUGAGGUACCUACAGACGGUUGAGACACUUAAACAAAAUCAUAAAGCCUUGGCAGAGCUAUUUCUCGAGACGUGGAUUGACGGUAGGCCUCUGGUUGACCCUGACCUUGACCUUCAGAUUAUGCAAGGGAGGCGAUGUAUAUCACAGCAGCCUUUACUCUAUUCAGACACGUUGUACAAUCUGAGGAAGUUAAACGAGCUGUGGUACCAGCUCUUACAUUCAGGGAUGGUAGAUGCAUUGAAGGAAAACUGUUUUUGCAAUUUUGAAUACUUGUUAGCGAAGUCUCAUUCCUCCUCAAUUGAUAAUCUCAUUAAAGAUCUCAACACAAGCUUGCUGCAAGUUAUGGACAUUGACAUUAUACUUAUAACUGCUUGCAUUAAAGCCGGGAGAGGUGCUCUCUCCACCGAUCCACUUCAGUUGGCGAAUGAGCUUAUAGGUCACCUUAAAGACUGUCAAGAAAAUUACCCACGAUAUAUCGAGCCUAUAGUGACACAGUGUAUGCAAUGGUGCGACACCUAUACUCUUCCCUUAGUGGUACCGUUCAAUAGUUGGCUACAGACCCCGGAUGUUGACCUUGUUAACAAGAUUCACAAUCCUGGCUCGACACACGCAGUUGCCACAUUCAAUACACACCAUAUAUUUUGUAAUGUUAAUGCAACCAACAAUAUCGUGAUGUACCAUGGUCCAUCAAAAACUCUCGUUAAAACAUUUGCAGGUCACCGGGACAAGAUCACAUGUAUAUUGAUGUCUCAUAACAACCAGGUGAUAGUGAGUGGGUCCGAUGAUGCCUCUGUCAGGGUCUGGGACAUUGCAAGUGGCAAGAAUAUAUUUACAUUUAGGGAGCACAGUCAUCCUGUAAAAUGUAUAGCGUUGAAUCAUAAAGACGAAUUCCUCAUUAGUGGAUGUCUGGAAGGAACGUUUAAAAUGCUGUCUCUACAAACAGGAGAACUGCUUCACUCUGUUCAAAACGGCCCCGUAUCCUGUAUAUUUGUAAAUGCAUCAGAUUCGAUUUUAUACGCAGCCACUGAGAAGAAGAUUAAAUUGUGGUGCAUGACUGAGAUGGUCCUAUUGGAAACAAUACAGGAUGAUAACAUUACAUCCGACAUAACAUGCAUGGUCAUGUCACAAGAUGGAUCAUUUAUACUUAUUGCUUGUGGUGACACUAGCCUUCAGCUCAGAUCUGCUGCUACUGGGACCUUUUUGCAUUACCUUGAGGGACACAAUGCAAAAAUUUGUGACAUUGGCAUCUCCAGAGAGAGUUUUCAGACAGUAGUAGGAUGUGAAGAUGGGACAUUGCAUGUAUACAAUCUGAGAAGUAAAGAACUGCUACAAACAUUCAACACAGGAACACAACCUGUCACAACUGCCCAAAUCUCCAGAGAUGACAGUUUCAUCAUUGCUUGUAAUAAUGAAUAUAUAUUCACAUGGAUUCUGAUGAAAGGCCUUACUAAGGAGGCUGAGACGAAUUCACAUGUGAAGAAAGUCACGUGUCUUGCAGUCUCUAAGGAUGGGAAAAUGAUUGUAUCUGGCUCCGAGGACCGUACAGUUAAGCUAUGGAAUCUUGAUUCCACAGAAUUAGAUGAAACGCUCGAAGGCCACGAAGAUGCUAUCACCUGCGUAACCUUUGCCGAUGACCAAUCGUUUGUUGCAUCUGGCUCCACUGAUCUCACUGUGAAGGUUUGGAGUAUUGUUAUGGCAUGUGUCAUCACCAAUUAUACGGAGCAUGAAACGCCAAUCACUGCAGUGGAUGCGAUCAGCAAAGGUUACGAUAUGGACUACACCAGAAUUGUUUCAGCAGAUGCUGGGAAUAUUGUUAGAAUCUGGAAGGCCGAAGAUGGGGAAACAAUACUGAAGCUUGAUGGACCAACUACUAUGUUCUGUGUGUCCCCUGAAGCUAACUUUGCAGUAUCCGGAGACGGAGAUCAAUUUUUGAAAUUAUGGACAUUACCAGGAGGAGAUCUAGUGCAAAAACUGAAUCAUGCAUCUAUAAUUACCUGCACUGCUUUCUCCAAAGAUGCAUUGUUUCUGGUGACUGGUUCGCAAGAUAAAUCUCUGAAGGUUUGGGAAGCAUCAACCGGGAAACUGACACAGGUGCUCGUGGAACAUGAUGAUCACGUGAGUUGUGUCUCUGUGACCGACAGCAAUAGCCACGUGUUGUCAGGGUCAUUGGACACUACAAUAAUGAUCUGGGGACUAUCUACUGGCGCGGUGGAGCAUAAACUAAGGGGUCACACGGCGGAAGUUACUGUUGUUCAAGUCACAUCAGAUGGAAGCAUUGCCAUUUCAGGUUCAAAAGACGGCACUCUCCGAGUAUGGAGCAUCAAUAGGGGCUCCAUCCUUACAAUGUUUGAUGUGCACUAUCCAAUACUGAACAUUGUCAUGAAAUUUGAUGCUGGGCACAUAGCGGUCCAUUUGGAGGAGAACAACAACAUCCCCCUGCUAUGUUUACAUAAUAGCCCGGCCUCAGAGGUGAAGAGCCACAGUGAUAUAGAUAUACACAUCAUCCCCGGAGACAAUGGUGUUUUGCCCAUUAAACCACGAAAUUGUGUCAGGUCAACGUCCGUUUAUCCGGUUCCAAAGAGGAAAGAUGACCAUCAUCGUUUCUCUGUAUCAACCAUUCCAGAAAUUAUAAAGAUGUCUCCAAUUAAGGGCAAUCAACUGAAGCCAAAAGGGACUAAGAGUAAAGGGAACAAGUCUAAAAAAGGACGGAAAGACAUUAAGGCGGAUGACCGCAGUAUCGCAAGUGGGAGCAGUGACGGUGGUAGCAAGGACCCAUGCGUCAAGGCAUCUCGAACAUGCGUUUUACUGUGAUUCAAGAUUAAGGCCAGGGUGCACUUUGAUGGAAUUUCAUGACCAUGUGCUAUUUUCAGAUAAACAUAACUCAU